GGGCUGAGGCUGUAUCGCGUCUCGCGCGUUGAAGGCAGUGGCGGUGACUGGCAACUAGCAGUAGGCUUCGCGCCGGCGCGCAGCGAGAACGUGCGUGUGCGCUUUUGUCGAACGAAUCCGGGCUCCCGAGUGUAGCUGCACUAUCGAAAAACGAUAUAAGUACACCAACUCAUUGACAUGGAAGUUGCAGAUCAAUGGCGGCGUGAGUGGGCUGGAACCGCCGAAUAUGGAAAGGUGACAGAAGGUGGCGUUACAAGGCGCAUUGCGCGUGCGAUGGAGGUGUUGCACGCCAGCGGGCCCGGCGCGCGCGUGCGCGUCAUGCGUGCUGCCUAUCACUCAUCCGCUGCUCCAGGCGCACCCGCUGCUUCUUUCAUGUUACAUUCUUCACGAAGAGUAAUAUCAUCCGGUUACAAUCUACUGGAGUCGCCAUCAUCGCCCAUUAAACCCUUAGAAAUUUCGUCCACGCCGUUUGAUUCAUCACCUGAACCACAAACCGAAGUAGAAAAUUACAAAGUUACUGAACCAGACGACUUCGAAAUAUCGGAACCAUCCAAAUGGCGAGGUUCUACCAAAGGAAGUUCUAUUCGCAUGCCAAGCGAAGAGUCUUCGUCCACAGACAAUGCUAGUAUUAUUGACCUAGACUCAAGACUUGGCAGAAACCUUCACAGAAAGUACUCUUACGACUCGGAAAAUAGUGACUUACAAUUUAGUAGUAGAAAUACCAGCCGAAACUCGCCACUGUUGGAUACGCCUGUAACUUUAAGUACACUUAAAUACAAAUCACUUUUAAACAACAGCAACGACUGGAACGCGAGAAGGAAAAGUUACAGCUUCGAAGAUACUUCCCCACUUAACGAAACCAUUACCCAUAGUAACGACACACUAGCUAUGGAAUCUUCUACGGACAGUGGCAUUUGCAAAUCAACAGAAAUUGUCAAUGACCAAAUAGAUGAUAACUCACAUACAAGGUACUUGUACAGAGAUGAUAGAAAGACGUCCUCUAAUGAAGAAUCAUUUAGAGAUUGGCUAUCGAAAAAUAGACCAAUUUCGCAUUACAGAGGAACCAAAUUUAAGACUUAUCGAGAACAUGACAUAGUUAUGGAAGAACCCUCAGAAAAUAAUAUAACUGUACAAUCAUCUGGAAAAGUAUGCAUAAACUUGCCAAUCACUUUAGAAAUAGAUAAUGAAGAAAAUUCUAAUAAACAUCAGCAGAAUGAAGAAGGUGACAGAAAAGUUAAGAAAGUGGAGUUCUGCAAAACAGAAGUACAUUUUGCUGCAGAAUCUGGAAAAGUCAAUAUAAUCGCUACGGAUGAGAAACCUCCUCCUUCAAACGAUUUUAGAAAACGAAGAAGUGCCUUUGUGCCUUUGCAAGAUAGGAUGGAAAAGCCAAUGAUAACAUUAUUUGGGGACAAAAACGGAGAUUUCCCCUCAAGCAAUGGAGUUGGUUCUCCUUUAAAUGUAAGUGGUGGUGAGUUUGGUGAAGCCGAUGAGAAUACAGCAGCUACAAAAAGUAUUCUCAAAAAUAAAAUUCCGAAACCCAAACCAUAUCUUUUAGGAGAGAACAUGGCAUUUGGGAUGGCUGAUGAUAUUUUAAAUAAAGAUGCUUCAAAUGAUUCUGUGCUGUCAGCAGUUUCUUUAGUAAAUAAGCAAUUAAAAUCAGAGAAUUACUAUAAAUCUGAAGUGAAACCUAUGUUUCCACGAGAAGCUGAUGAUUCGAUAUUGAAACCCACCGCCUUACGGACAACUAAAGCAGGUCCCACAAAAGACGACAGUUUAAAAAGUGAGAAGCAAGUGGUUACAAAUAUUAAAAUUAGUAAAGCAACAGAAAACUCUAUAGAGGACGUUAAGUCUAAGUUCAAUAGUCUGCAUGUGGCACCGUCUCAAAGAAAGCCUAAAACCAGACAGCUGCGGGACAGCGAACUAACGUACUUUGGUGUUGAUAACAACAACAAAACUAACUCGUAUAAAAAUAAAACUCAGACGAAAAGGUCACCAGGACCCAAUGACGAUGUUAUUGACAACAUAUUUCAGUCUGUCAAACUAAUACAACAAGUCGCAAAUAGCGUGUGCAGUGAACCCGAUUCUGAUGAGACGCCUGAGUACCAGAAUCUUCCGUUAAAUAUAAACUAUGCUCCAGUACCAACUCCAAGAAUACGAACAAAUUAUGAAGACAAACCCAAAGAAGAAAUACAAGAAAUUGAAGUUUUCCAACCUGUUAUUGAAAGAGAUAGCCAAGUAAUAAAAGACGUAACUACGCGACGGACCAGGUACCGCAGGCAAGACGAAGUAACAACUACACGGAGUAUUUCUGCACCACCGAAGUCUUUGAGACGUGAUGCAGUUGAAAAGUCAGAACAACGAGAACGUCAAUCACCACGUACUUCGAGUCGCCCCAUGAAAGAAAGGAAAAUCAGCGUAGAAAAGUUAAAUUCUGCCAAAGAACACAAUUCAUCGGACGAAAACCCGAUAUAUGUCAAUCUGAAUGUUAACACAGAAAAAACAAAUUCUCUGGAGAACCGUGACACCCAAAAACUGAAAACGAAUUCACUUAACACACGUCAGAGAAAAACGCAUAAAACAGACACAAGUAAGAAUAAAAACAAAAGUGUAACUGACGUGCCUUUAAAUCUCAUUAAAAAUAAAAACAAAGAACGUCGGUCGGAUUCCGGAACUGAUAGCAGUUUUAGAACAAAAGAUUCUGGUAAUAAAGAUAGUAACUCACUUUCCACCUAUAAAGACAUCUCAAGAAAAGCCGAGAAGAUUGAUAGGGUACGUCAAUCGCGUGAUUGCAGAGGAAAACCAAAUGAAGAACACACAUCUGAACGUGUCCGCAAAUCUCGAGAAGACAAAUGUUCUAAAGAACAUAAUUCUACUUUGGAAAGUAAAGAACACAGGAGCAAAUCUUUGCAAAGACCUUCAUUGAAUGUGUCUGAAGAAACAUCACGAGAUUUGAUAAAGAAAUCAGAACAUCAAAAACGCAGUCUCGAUCGUAAUUACGGCGUAGACAGUGGUCGCAAGAGAAACUCUUCUAGGGAUAAAACUAAGAAAGAAUCAAUAAAACCUUCACAAAAAGAUGAAUCAAGUUACACAGUACUUAUUCCUUCUAUACAAUCAAAGAAUGCGAAAGACUAUUCUACUAAGACCAACAGCAAACCGCGUGAUUCGCGCAGAGAAUAUGUUAUAAAUUAUGAUGACAAAAACGGGACCGUUUCGUCUAUAUGUAAAAUAACACCAAGUAUGGGUACACCAAAACGAAAGAAAACAACAAAAGAAAUAUUUAAAGACAAUGAAAACGAUAGAACGUUUAAAAAUAAAAGUGUACACAAAAUUGCCCCGCGUAAGUAAGUUGUGUGCAUGCUCUAAAAUUCUAACAAACAUGAAAUAAUUACAUCUUUAAACAAUGGACAUCUUUCAGUGCAGCUAGAAGAUCAUCAAGAGGAUCGAAACGGACUGAGUUAUGCAGAUAGGAAGUGGAAGACGAAAGUACAUAUACAAAGGUCUUGCCAAGUAUUGUAGUAGUACUUUUACUAGUCGUAAGAACCAUAGGAACUAAUGAAAGUAGUCUGAAUCCUAUUUGCGCUAUGUAAUUGUGUUCUGAGGUAGUAUAAGAUAAUGAUGAUCUCACAUGUAAUGGUUAUUUAAAACUAAAUGUACUUUCCUGGAUCUAACACGUG